GUCACCAAAGCUCAUUUUGGCGAGCAAAAAAAAACAAAAAAGGUCACACAGCCACAUUUUCUCAUGUCUAUUCAAGCUAAAACCGAAAAUCAGUAUUUAUCUGCAUGAUCCGUGAAUUAUCGGUAUUUUGGCAGGUACAAUAUCUGUAUAAAUACCGAGAAAUCGGUAUACCUGGCAACGUUGCUACCUGCCCUCACUUUGCGAUCUGUGCUCGGGAACGAUUCGACAGAUUGACUCUCUGAAAGCGGCGUUAGUGUUGGUAAGGCAUUCAUUCCUAUUUUUACUUUUGCGAAAGACUGUGCUCACUUGCUGUGUGGUGUUUUGUUUACAAUAAGAGAAAUGUUAUAGUCUAACGGCAGAUUUGGUGUAAAUUUUUGAUAGACGCACGGUGUAGUAACGAAGCGGAAUGAAGAGAGCAAUCAUUUUUUGCUGCGGUGCUUCCAGGAACCACCUGCACAUCGGAACCGGUGCCGUAUAGAAGGAUAAGAAUUUGUUUACCUACCAAAACCAAAAAGCAGAGAGAGAGAGAAACAAAGAUCCGUCAUAUACUGUUUGGUAUGAGCGCAUCAGGUUAUAAACGUUGGAUUACAGUUGUGUUGGUGCCAUCUGAACGAAAAUCUCAAUGAUUACCGGCGUUUUCGCUUUUCAUCAAAACAUAACUGCUGAGAAUUCGAGUUUGACUAAUUCAAGUAGAUUUAGCUACAAAUUUACUUAGUUCAUAAGUUACGUGUGAUGAACCAUCAAGUCAGAAGAUUUGACCCAACAAGUUCAAUGAAUAUGAAUAUGAAUAUAGUGUGAAUCGAAACUCCGAAAACGGAUAUCAUUACAAAAAAAUUGAUUAAAAUAGUUUCUAGCAUACAAUGGCAGAUUAUCUAGAGGAUGUCUAUGAUGAAAACGAAUAUAUGUAUGACUUAUUGUACGAUGCAGAUGAAACAACUGCACGGCGCUACGAAUCAAGUGAAUGGAUUGAUACGUAUGAAAAUUGCGUGAUACCUUCUUUACAGCAGGUAUUAAAAUUUCUGAUUCAAUUUGUCAUCGUUAAUAUGUUAUUUUGCAUGGGCUCUAAACUUCAAGCUCGUUUUGUACCCUCACACUGUUCGAUCACUCAUCUUCUUAGUUUAGGAUGCGGACUUUAUUUGCUGUCCGAAACUGUUGAAUACGGUUUUUGGUAUCUGUUUCAACUAUUUCUGUCCAGUUAUUUCUUAUUUAAAAUAUCUCACAUCGGCGAACGCUGGUUGCGGUUUGAGUUCGUCAUCAGCGCCUACUGCAUAUUGUUUUUGAUCAUAUGUGAAAUUUUUGAAAGCGACUUGAAGCUGUGGCACCACAUCCGAGGAAUUUUAAUGAUUGCGGUUAUGAAAAUUAUUUCCUUAGCACUAGACAUGAAAAGUAAACACCAUAUCAAAGAACAGUUUGGUAUUCUUUCAUUUUUAGGAUAUAUUUGUAGCCCCGCAAAUUGCAUCUUCGGACCAUGGACUUCUUUCAGCGAAUACUUAAAUUGUAUUGCGAAAGCUAAUAAAUAUUUCAAGUUUGAUAUUUCUUACACCGCACAAAUAGUCCUGAACAUGGCAUGUUCUGCAUUGAGCAUGUUGUUGGCCAACUGCGCAUAUACUUUGCUCAUAUCGGAUUACUCCUGGAAAUGGGUGGCUGCCUACGGAGCUGCACUUUCUUUCCGAACGAGCCAAUAUUUUGUAUCCUUUUUGUCACAAGCUACUAUGGUUUCAGCUGGUCAUGUCAUUUCAGGUUCAAAAUCAACAAAGAGCAGACAGGCUCAAUUGUUCGGUUACAUUGUAACCUCUCCGUGGAAUAUUGAGCUUCCAAGAUCGUUGGUGCACGUUGUAGUGGCUUGGAAUGUGCCUACGCACGAGUUCCUGAAGCAAUACGUUUUUCGUAUCCUCAAACCGUACGGCCCGUUCUUGGCUGUGUUUCUCACCUAUGUAGUUUCCUCGAUUCUACACGGAUUGAAUUUUCAACUUUGGGCUACUUUGUUGACAAUCGGCAUUUGGAGUUACGUGGAAUACAAUCUACGAAGAAAACUAGCUGACAUAUUUUCAGCUUGUGUUGCCGUGAAGAAAUGCCCAGUUCCGUGUAAGAAGCACAGCAAGAGCAAAAAUACUCUAUUUUCGAUGACAGUAAACUUUCUGUUCUCUCUACUGUGUGUCAUCAAUUUGGCAUACCUGGGAACCGUAUUCGAUGCUUCUAGUCAACUUCAGGCCGAAGGUUUUUCAUUAACGGAAGCCUUCGGAAAAUGGAAGAAUCUUGGUUACGUUUCGCAUUGGUUAUUGCUGCUGGGAGCACUUAUCAAUGUAGUAAUAUAAUAUAUAGUAAACAGUACUCCUUCCGUGGUAAAACUAAACGGUUGCUUAAGUUUUUCGCUUAUAUUUAUAGGUAAUCAAUACUCUUUGAUGUGUGUGAACAAUUGUAUUCUCUUAAGAAUCAUCGGACUAAGUCUAAGAGUAUAAGUGAUUUUUUCCUGCGAAGAAAGGAUUUAUCCAAAGAAGAUUCUAGGAACGAAAAUACGUAGAACAAGUUGUUCCGGCAUUAUUUCAAUAAUCCAACCAGAUAAGUUUGAAAAUAACAAAGGCUUUGCUAAAUAUUCUGAAAAUCUAGAUUUUUUACACUUCCUAAGAGAAUAAAUAUAAACAACAUUCGAAAAGUAUAAUGCCAAUGAAAUGUUAAUUUGAGAAAGGAGCUAAGAUACAACCAAUAUAAAUAAAAUUAAAUAAAAGGGUACUUAAAAAUUAAGUAAAAUUCAAAGUGUUAUAAGAUGUAGGAAAACAGUAUUGUGUAGAGUAAGUGGUAAAUUUUGCAAACGACAAUAAAAUUAAAACUGUACAUAAAUAAAAUGCGUAUAUUUUCAAAUGUAUAAAACAACAAAAAAAAUAUUGUUUUAAGUUUUGUGUGUGCGAGAACUAAAAAGAAAAUAUAU